AUGGAGCGGCCAAGGAAAUCUAAAGGGGUUUCGUUGGAUAAACGAAGCAAAGAGUGUCAGGUAAAAUAUUUCUCAUCUGAUGAUAGCCCUUCACAAAUUGGCUGGAAAUCGCAAGGCGGUAAUCAUCAUCUUCAAGCAAUGCCAACAUCAAUUUUAGAUUAUAGCACUAAUGAAUCUAAUGAUUCAUAUUUACCCCCUGGGUUUGAAAGUGGUCCUUUCCUAGACCAAACAAUGGUUAAAUGGGAAUGUCCCCCACAGUUUGCUAUUAGUCCUCAUUGGUUUGUUAGAGCCGGUGAAGCAAGUGAGGAGAAAGAUACUGAGAAGCUGAGAGAAUUGAGAGUGAUUGAAGCACAUUAUCCUCGUCCUUCUUCCAUUCCACCAAGCCCUUUGGUUUCUUCGGAUGUGGAAGAGGAAGAUUAUGAUGAUACCGCUACUCCUAUAGUCUCACUCAUUCCUAUUGAGGAGACUGAGGAUUAUGAUGAUGAUAACGCUUCUUCUGAUAUCGUCCCUCUCAUUCCUAUUGAUGUCCAGGAGGAAGUGGCUAUGGAUAUUUCGCCCGAACGCACAGUGUUAAAUGCUCCCUCUGAUAUGCAUUCACAGAAAUUGCAGCGACAACAUCUAUCAGCAACAACAACUCCUCUUAGUUCCGGUUGUAACCCCUCCUCUUCUACUGUUUCUUUAGAUGAUGGUGGUGUAACCGACUUAUCUAGGGUGUCUGCACAAGACUUAGCAACAGUUGCUGCUCUAAUAGAAGCAAUAUUAAAGAUCAAUCAACGUGGAAGCUCAAUUGAUGUGGAUCUACUUAUCAAAAUAUUUAAUAACCCCCAAAUGGUUGAGAGAUUGAGUACUGAAAAUAGAAUUCCACCACCCAAUUUAAGAACUGAUUCAUCUUCAAACAAUCCUCUGAGCAUAUCCACUUUUGGAUUAAAUCCUACUUUUCCAUCAAUUCCACUAAUGCCAUUGUCUACAUCUCCACCUUGUGGUGUGGCAGCUUAUUCUGGGACUACUCCACUAACAGGUGUUGCGAGUUUAUUACCUUCUCCUGUGGUGAUGCCUUCAGCUCCAUCAUUUACAAUAUUGAAUCCUGCACCUAAUAAUCUGACAGCUCAGAUCCCGGCUGCGAUUUCAUCAUAUUCAAUGGCGAAUUUCAUGCAUGAUUCUUACCAGACGACAACUGAUGCAUCUACUCCAUUGUCUUGGCCUGUGUGUGCACCAAAUACUGCUGAUCCUCAAAUGCAGUUGUCUUGGCCUGCGUACACACCGUUCAAGCCUGCAACGGUUGUUAGUGAAAACAUUCACAAGUCAAAUGGAGUGCCUACUACAGUUUCCUUGAACAUUCCUCCUCAGCAAGAUAUAGUUCAAGCAUCAUCAUUAUCCUCAGGGAUUAAGCGAGCUGCAUCAUUCUCCAUUUCUUCCAAUGGACAAAGCUCGGUUCAAUUCUCUUCCACAACCGAGAAGUACCUGAAUACUUUUGGGACUCAAACCACUGCUAGAACAACAACCAAACUACAUGCUUCUCAAUCUAAUACAAGUUCUUCAGGAAGUGCUGCUGCAAGGGAUGAUGGGGACUAUUAUAAGAACCUAGUUAGGAGACGUGAUGAAGCUAGGCAAGUUAAGCAGGAUAGUAGGAGCUCCUUCCGAGAGUCAAAAUCAGCGGCACAAGACAUUAGACACCAAGAACCAGAGAGACACAGAAGCGAGAAAGCUGCAUGCAUAUACUAUAACAGCCCAAGGGGGUGCAGAAAUGGUGCCCAAUGCCGCUUUCGACAUCAUGUUUCAAGUCGGAGGGAUGCUGAUAACAACGUCCGAGGGAGUAGUUAUCUCAAAAAAUUGAGACUAUAG